CCGAUCAUCAAUUGAUGACGGUUUCAUCUGCCUUCUGUUACCAUUGGUAUUGUUGUGACAAGUAUAUCAUACUGUCCGUACACUAAUAAAAAUGAAUGCCUGGGUGCCUUCAAGAAGAUCUGCUGCUGUAUCAGUAUGAGCUCUAAUUUCUUGUCAAAAUUCUAAUGUCAAUCGUUCCAAAAUUGUCUUCGACAGAAAAGGAAGAUCUUAUACUCAAAGGAAUAAACAAAUACCGGAAAUCGGUGAACGUCUCUGAACUGGCGGAAAACGACAAAGCGUCCUGCCUCGCCGACGAAAUCGCCGACGACCUAGAAGACCAGCCGUGCUCCGGCGCCGACAAAUUCGCCGACGAUCCGACCCGUACGGUCACGGAGCUCGUCAAUUUCCCCAAGCUCGCUAACAAGUGCGACAUCAACAUCACCACCACCACCGACGGCGUCAUAUUGCCGGUCUGCGUCCCCGAUCUCGUCUCCGAACUCGUGCUCGGAAACUACACGCAUUCGCCCUAUAAGAAGUUCCUCAAAGACUCCAAGUACUCCGGCACCGGCGUCGGCUCCGAGGGGGCCUGGAUCGUCGUCGUUUUGACCACCGAUAAGCCGACAGGGAGCUUCUCGGCCGCAACCUCCUUGGCGGCGUUUGGGAUCGUUCAGGCUUUGGUGGUGUCGUUUUUGGGAUCGGUUGUCGCUCUCUUGUACUGAUGUUUGAACUUUUUAUUUUUUAUUUUUUAUUUUUAUUUUUGGCCAUUUGGUGUUAGUUGUGUCUAAUGUUUGUUGCUUGUGGAUUGAUUUGUGAUUGUUCGUUGGGAAGGAUUGAACCGUGAAGUAACUUUCAUUGCAAUUUGCAAAGGAUUGAAUGAUUGUUU